UUUCCCCGCAGGUAUUGAAGUGACUGGGCAGACUGGAAGACUCAGCGACUCUAAACACUGCAUCCAUACAGAGUUCAUCGAUGGAUCUCGAUUCACUUAUCAGUUCUCUCCUUCCGUCAUGGACUUCGGUUGCUAUGCUGCUAUCAUUCUUUACUUACUUGGGAAUCUCCGGAUCUAUUUUACCGGGAAGAAUUAUUCCUGGGGUGACUUUAUCAGAUGGCACUCGACUCCAUUACCGUUGCAAUGGUAUGUUAUUGCUUCUGUUGUUAGUUUUGUCACUUGGAGCUGCUGCGGGGAUAGAUCUCGUGUCACCCUCGGCAAUUGCAGAUAGAGGGCUUGAGCUUUUGUCAACGACAUUUAUAUUCAGUGUGUUUGUGACUUUGAUACUCUAUUUGACUGGCCGUCAAUCCCGCAACCAAAGUUCUUCGCUGAAGCCCCAUGUUACAGGAAACUUGAUCAAUGACUGGUGGUUUGGAAUACAGCUGAAUCCUCAAUUCAUUGGCAUGGACCUCAAAUUCUUCUUUGUUAGAGCUGGAAUGAUGGGAUGGCUUCUUAUAAAUCUUUCCGUUCUUGCAAAAUGUAUUCAAGAGGGCAUCUUAAGCAGAUCGAUGAUUUUUUACCAGCUUUUCUGUUUUCUCUAUAUUUUGGACUACUUUUUCCAUGAAGAGUACAUGACCUCCACGUAAGUGUAUUUUUUCUUUUCUUUAAACUAUGUUGUCAGCUAAUCUGGUUUAUUCAGUUUAUGUAAUUGUUGCAUCAUAUUACUAAGCUGUUCUUCAUUGGUUGAUACCAUGUGGUCAUAUUGAUUUAUAGCCAAUCCUUUUAUGUGUGAAGAACUUUCUUGUAGAACAUUUACCCAGGAAGUGGUUACUUACGGUGACCUCCUCCAUCUUCCUUUUAGAUGAACUCCUUUACUAGAAACAACACUAUUUUCCAUUUAUAGAUUUUGCAUCUAACUGUAAGGCUGGCAUAUAUUGUGAAUGGAACUAUCUACAAAGAUGUUAACUAUCCAUGCUGUUUGAACUAUGAUGCAUUGCAACUUUAUUUAUUUAUUUUGAUAAACAUUGCUUUUGUUAACUGUGUGUCCAUAUUUUCCGUUCAGCAAUGCUAAAAUGAAUCAUCACCGUUCUCGUUUAGUGUUUGAUCUGGUAUGAAGACUCACCUGAGCAUAUUCAUGUACUUAUUGUGUUUCAAGACAUUAUUUACUGUGUUAAGAGUUUGAUAAGAACCUGAAUUGAUGGAACAAACUCGUUUACCUAAGAAGAGUAAACUCAAUGGAAAUGAGUGAAUUUUAUUGAAUUGAACGUAAACUGUGACUCCAACAAACCAGAGCAUUCGAGAGGCUCUGUACUCUCCUACCAGACUCCUGAUUUUUCUCUGCUGUUACCUGCCCCUCCCCUUUACAUUUAUUGACAAUUUCCCUGACUGACUCACUACUCUCCCCCCUAACAAAAUAACAGAAUAACAACUGCAUGCUUAAUUAAUUCGAGAGGCCCUUACUCCUUUUUGUGUAUUUAAAAAUCACUGGGGGUCUAUUAAUACCCCCCCUUCAAAAUCCACCUUGUCCUUAAGGUGGAAGUUUGGAAAUUGCUGGCGGAUGUUUUCAACUGACUCCCAGGUGGCUUCGUAGUCUGAAGAGUUCUUCCACUUGAUCAGAACUUCAGGACCCAAGGCUGAACUUGCUGAAUUAGAACAGAAUUGUAACACUCUCUCCAGUUCCACUCUGCUCGAGGUCUCCACAGCAAGGUGUUCUGGUAAUUCUGAAACAGUUUGAGUAUUCCCGACAGCCUUCCUGAGCUGCGACACAUGAAAAACCGGGUGGAUAGCUGACUCCGGUGGAAGUUUCAAUUUGUAAGCAACCUGCCCCACUUUGGCCUGAACUUCAAAAGGCCCAUAAUAUUUGGGAGAAAGUUUUGCUGAUGAUCUCUGAGCCACAGACUUCUGACGGUAAGGAUGCAAUUUCAAAUAUACCAAGUCCCCAACUUUCAACUAGAGAUCACGGCGAUGCCCAUCGCUUCUUGCUUCAUUCGUUGUUGGGCGCGCAAAAGUUGCAUCUUGAGGUGCUGGAGGACUUCAUCCCUGCUGACCAAGGAUUGUUCUAUUGAGGAAACUACAGUCAUUCCCUUCUGAAAAGGCAUAACCGGCGGAGGAUCAAAACCUUACACAAUCUGAAGGGGAGUCUGCUUCAAGGCGGUGUGAAAAGAAGUAUUAUACCAAAAUUCUGCCCACGGUAACCACUGCCCCCAUGAUCGUGGCUUACUUGAAGUAAAACAACGCAAGUAUGUCUCCAAACACCGAUUGACGACCUCCGUUUGGUCGUCGAUUUGUGGAUGGUAGGCUGUACUCCUUUUAAGGACUGUCCCCUGAGCCCGAAAAAGCUCCUUCCAGAACUUACUCGUAAAAACUCGAUCCCUGUCUGACACAAUAGACUGUGGAAUUCCAUGCAACUUAACAACUUCUCGUAUGAAGACUUUAG